GAUGGCGCCAUGCAGGAAUGUGGCUAAGCCAGCUGCUACAGCGCGCUGACGUAUCUACUCUUCAUAUCUAUGGGUGGAACUACCUGCUGACGUGUCAAAGUCUGAACCGCUGCGGUGCCAAGAAACAACCCUUCACACAAACAGGAAGCAGUUUGUGAUUGUUCCUGAGUAAAGAGACGAUCAGACGGAGCUUCAGCGUCCUCAGACUGAGUCCAGCUACAACUCUGCUGCUUCCAGACAAACACUGAAGCUUCACUCAGAACAAAUGGCUUCCAGAUCAGAGGAGGAUCUCUGCUGUCCGGUCUGCCAGGAGGUCUUCACAGAUCCUGUUGUUCUGUCGUGUAGCCACAGCUUCUGUAGAGACUGUCUGAAGACCUGGUGGAGGCAGAAACCAACACACGACUGUCCAGUUUGUAAGAGAAGAUCUUCUAAAGAUGAUCCACCUGUUAGUUUGUCUUUAAAGAAUGUGUGUGAGUCGUUCCGGCAGCAGAGAACUCAGAGAUCUUCAGAGUCUUUCUGCAGUUUCCACUCUGAGAAACUCAGACUCUUCUGUCUGGACCAUCAGCAGCCAGUGUGUCUCGUCUGCAGAGAUUCAGAAAAACACUCCAACCACAGGUUCAGACCCAUCGAUGAAGCAGCUCCACAACACAGGAAGGACCUUCAGGAAACUCUGGAGCCCUUAAAGGAGAAGCUGAAGGUUUCUGAAGGACUUAAAGUGAAGUUUGAUCAAACAGCAGAACACAUUAAGGUCCAGGCCCGACACACAGAGAGGCAGAUCAAGGAGCAGUUUGAGAAGCUUCACCAGUUUCUGAGAGAGGAAGAGGAGGCCAGGAUGGCUGCACUGAGGGAGGAAGAGGAGCAGAAGACUGGGAGGAUGAAGGAGAAGAUGGAGGCUCUGAGCAGAGAGAUAGCAGAUCUUUCAGACACAGUCAGAGCCACAGAGGAGCAGCUGAGAGCUGAAGACGUCUCACUCCUGCUAAACUACAAGGCUGCAGUGGAAAGAGUCCAGCGCUGCCCCCUGCUGGAGGAUCCACAGCUGCUGUCAGGAGCUCUCAUAGACCAGGCCAAACAUGUGGGCAACCUGAGCUUCAACAUCUGGAACAACAUGAAGGACGUGGUCUCCUACACUCCUCUCAUUCUGGACCCAAACACUGCACAUCCAGAACUCAUCCUGUCUGAAGAUCUGACCAGUGUGAGACGUAGAGGUUAUCAGAAGCUUCCUGAUAAUCCAGAGAGGAUUACUGGUUCCUGCUUUGUUCUGAGCUCUGAAGGCUUCAACUCAGGGACUCACAGCUGGAAUGUGGAGGUUGGAGACUGUAAACACUGGAAACUGGGUGUGUUAGAAGAGUCUGCCCAGAGGAAGGGAAUCAUACGGUCUGGAUCAUGGAGUAUAGGGUUCUCUGGAGAUAAAUACUUAGCACGGUCACCUCCAGCUUCCUCCACUGAUCUCUCAGUGCAGAAGAAGCUCCAGAGGAUCAGAGUGAAUCUGGACUUUACCAGAGGAACGCUGUCGUUCUCUGAUGCUGACACUGAAACUCUCAUCCACACCUUCAACCACACGUUCACUCAGAAGAUGUUUCCCUUCUUUUACAUUUGGUUGGGUGAAGUAAAGAUUCUACCAGAGAAGGUCUCAGUCAGAGUGGAACAGAGCAGAUAA